AUGGUUGCCUUUGGCAAAAAGUUGAAAGAAAGACAGAUUCAAGAAUGGCAAGGAUAUUACAUAAACUACAAAUUAAUGAAGAAGCGAGUUAAGCAAUAUGGUCAACAAAUUCAACUAGGAACACUAGAUCGCCGCCAUGUACUUAAGGAUUUCUCAAGAAUGCUGGAUAAUCAGAUUGAAAAGACUGUCCUUUUCCUGUUGGAACAACAAGGGCAUUUAGCAAGCAGGAUAGCAAAGCUCGGAGAGGAACAUGAAAUUAUUCAGCAGGAGCCUCGAUUAAGCAGAAUAGCUGAACUACAAGAAGCUUAUAGAGCAGUGGGACAAGAGCUAUUGAAGCUUCUCUUCUUUGUGGAAGUCAAUGCUGUUGGUUUGCGUAAGAUAUUGAAGAAGUUUGACAAACGUUUAGGCUAUAAAUUUACUGAUUACUAUGUUAAAACUCGGGCAAAUCAUCCUUACUCCCAGCUGCAGCAAGUUUUCAAGCAUGUGGGAUUUGGAGCUGUUGUUGGAGCUUUAUCUCGCAACCUUCAUGAACUUCAGGGGACUCAGGAAAGUCAAGGGAGCUUCUUAUCAAUUUAUGAUCAACCUACUCUUCCCCUUCAGGAUCCCGUUAUUGAUUCAAUAAGAGCAGCGGUUGAUAGGUUAACUAACUCAACCAACUUCUUAAACUUUUUGGGGAAGCAUGCACUUAUUGUGGAUGAGGAGCUACCAACAUCUAUUGAUGAGCAUGCUGAUGAUCAAAGAUAUCAUUUUAUGUCUCUUUUCCUAAACUUGGCAAACACAUUUUUAUAUAUGGUCAAUACAUAUAUUAUAGUCCCUACUGCAGAUGAUUACUCCAUGAGCCUUGGAGCUGCACCAACGGUUUGUGGUAUUGUGAUCGGGGCAAUGGCAGUUGCACAGGUGUUUUCUUCAGUGUACUUUAGUGCGUGGUCAAAUAAAUCAUACUUCAGACCUCUUGUAUUCAGUAGCAUAGUUCUUUUUCUCGGCAAUGCCAUGUAUGCCUUGGCAUAUGAUCUUAAUUCGAUAUGGAUUCUCCUAUUUGGUCGUCUUCUAUGUGGGUUUGGUUCUGCCAGAGCUGUUAAUCGACGCUAUAUUAGUGAUUGUGUACCUUUGAAAAUCCGCAUGCAAGCCUCGGCAGGUUUUGUUAGUGCCAGUGCUCUUGGAAUGGCCUGUGGUCCUGCAUUAGCUGGCUUACUACAGACCAAUUUUCAGAUUUUCAACAUUACAUUUAAUCAAGAUACCUUACCAGGGUGGGUAAUGACUAUUGCUUGGCUACUAUAUCUAGCGUGGUUGUGGAUCACUUUUAAGGAACCUUCUCGUGAAAAUGAAGAGAAUAACAUAGCACAUCAAUCCAAUGCUGAAAACAGUGCACUUGAAAAAGGCUUGAAACAACGCUUGCUAAUUAGUUCAGAAGUUAAGGUAGAUGAAGAUGCUGAUCAGGAUAACGAUGAUAGUGAAGAAGCUCCAGAAGAAUCUCCUCAGCCAGCCAAUUCAAUUGGAGCAGCAUAUAGACUCCUUACACCUUCAGUAAAGGUUCAGUUACUGAUAUAUUUCAUGCUCAAAUAUGCGAUGGAGAUUUUACUAUCAGAAUCUAGUGUAGUCACGACAUACUACUUCAAUUGGACAACAAGCACGGUUUCCGUUUUUCUUGCUUGUCUUGGCUUGACUGUUCUUCCUGUCAACAUUAUUGUUGGAACUUAUAUAAGCAAUAUGUUUGAGGACAGGCAAAUUCUGUUGGCAUCAGAAAUUAUGGUUUUCGUAGGCAUACUAUUCAGCUUCCAUGUAAUUGUUCCAUAUUCUGAGCCACAGUAUAUCUGUUCAGGGCUCCUUAUGUUUGUUUCUGCUGAAGUACUUGAAGGCGUCAACUUGUCACUUCUUUCACGAGUUAUGUCAUCAAGGCUUUCUCGUGGAACCUACAAUGGAGGGCUUUUGUCCACAGAGGCUGGGACACUUGCACGAGUGGUCGCAGAUGCAACCAUUACUCUUGCUGGCUAUGUGAGUGUGAGUAGCCUCCUCAAUAUCACCCUCAUGCCAUCGUUCUUCAUUUGCCUAGUUUCCAUUAUCGCGACUUGCUAUACCUACAAUUCUUUGUAUUGA